AUCCCUGGAGAUAAUAUGUCAGAUUUAUUUACUCCAAAUUAACAUGGUGGCAAAAGCUACCGUGAUUUGGAUGUUGCAGAAGACAUCCUCUUACAAGUGGAUAAUGAAAUGCCACAAUCAUUAGACCUUGGUGAAAAAAUCAAAGAAAAUGUUGCCACUAGAGUUACGUCUCAUUUCCUGGAAAAAUGUCUUAUUCCAGAGGUAAAAAAGAAGAUAGGGAAAAGGCACUUGCUGCCUGAAAACUGUACUAAAAUGGCUGUGCCAAAGAUGAACAAAUGCAUUUUUAAUCUCAAAAGUUUUUCAGAAUUUCAAAAACGUAAUGAGAGAAAUUUGUACAACACACAGCAAACACUGUUGAGUGCAACAUCUGCCAUUAUAGAGGCGGUUGAAAAAGUUUUACAGUCUGACGAGGGGAAAAAGCCCUUGAAUUCGAAGGAUGUUGUUACGAAUUAUCUUGAUGCAAUAACAUUACUCGGGUCAGUCAAUACAGACCUAAAUAAUAAAAGAAAACAAAAUGUUCGCACCUCUUUGAACCCUCAAUACCGGGAUCUAUGUAACCUGAGUAGGCCAUGCAAUGAAUUUCUGCUUGGGGAUGAUAUACAAAAGGGUAUGAGAGAAGCCCAGGAAGCCUCAAAGCUUGCCUUGUCCUCAUCCAGUACACAUAGCUACAACAAUAGCAGGAAAUAUCAAUCAUAUUCUUAUGUUGGAAGGUUUAGUAAAAUCCCUAGCUCAACGACAACAUUCAGGAAAGAUAACCAGAAUUUUUUAGAGUAG